UCCAAGGCGCGUGUUCGAUCGCCCUGUUCGGUCCCGUCCAGCCUCCGCGUCCUGCUCCCAUGUUUUGAGUCCGCUGCGGUUUGGAGACAGUUCACCAUGUCCACCGGGUCUCUCAGCGACGUCGACGACGAGCUCCUGGACGGCAUCCUCAAGUUCGGCUCUUCCGGUAAGGACUCCAACGAGAGCACGGAGGAGAGCUCCAACUGCGAGGGCAACGACGCGCCGGGCAAGAAACGGAAGACAGCGUCCCGGAAAACGGCACCCAAGGGUGUGGCACAGCAGGAGGGCAAGCACGGACAGAGAAACGCGGCCAACGCGCGGGAGAGAGCCAGGAUGCGCGUCCUGUCCAAAGCGUUCUCCCGGCUGAAGACUACCCUGCCCUGGGUACCAGCGGACACCAAGCUCUCCAAACUGGACACACUGCGCCUGGCGUCCAGUUACAUCGCGCACCUCCGGCAGAUAUUGGCCAACGAUAAAUAUGAAAACGGAUAUAUCCACCCCGUUAACCUGACAUGGCCUUUCAUGGUGGCAGGUAAGCCGGAGAACGACUUGAAGGAGAUGCUUAACACAACGAGGUUGUGUGGAACGACGGCCUCAUAACGACACCCGGCGGACAUUUUUUUUAGGGGACCAUAAGUAUGUAAGACAAAAAAAAAACGAAGAAAGAAAUGAUUGUGACGGACUUGAACGUCUCAUCUCGGCGGCCUUUGAGUGGGAAUAACGGAGAGACGUCUCCUUCGUUCCUGUAAAGACAAGUUCAAUUUUUAUUUAAAUGCAUUCUAUCACCCAACGUUGUCUUUGCUGGUUCAAAGAUAAACUGCGUGCUUUCAAUACCUUUUUUUUAUACUGCGCAGAUGCAUUUUUUUUUUACUCAUGCAGGCCUUUUUUUGGCAGCUGCAUUAGGAUGGAUGGAUGCGCACAUGAAACGUGUCCACUUCCUCAAAUUGUACAGAUUACAUGUGUAUAAAAUAUAUUUGUAUCACUUUUACACCUCGUGUUCUUUUUUUUUUUAAAUUCUGUUUGAUUUCCCUGUGUGGGCCAAUGCUGUGACCUAUAACCCCUGUUAUCACUUCACUCCUUCAGAAUAGCAGAACCCGAGCUCCAACGAAGCGGCAGUGCAGAUAAGUCUCUCUCUGUUGUUUCUAACAGAUAACAGUGGACGUGGUUGUCAGUGCAUAAACACCUUAAAAGCAUGCUAUUGCUCAUCUGCUUUAAACAAGUCAAAUUGAGUUUGAUCUUUCUGCCCUUUUUCAUUGAUAAAUGCGCGUGAACGCGGUUGAAGAAACGGUGCAAAAAUGUAUAAAUAACGAAUAUUAGUUUCGUUUCGCUUUUAGGCCAUACAUUUUAAUGCCAACACACGUUCGUCUAAAGAAUAUCUCCACGAGAUUUAAUUGUCACAGAUGUGCCCCGAUUGGAUAUAUUGGCUAUUUGAGAUUCAGCUAAUUAGGGGUAAAGUGCUCAGCGAUGCGAAUUAUUUAUAUAUAUAUUUUUUUUAUUUGAGGGCAGAGAACAUUUUACACAUUUUAAAAUGUUUAAUGAAAACCUGCGGGCUGCUUUAGAGACGUUGUUUUAAUUCGGCCGGGUUAUGACCGCUAUGUUUACAUCAUGCAGGCAGUGAUUGAUGUUGUCUGACACGUGGCCAGACUUUUUUUUCUUUCUUUUUUUUUCUAGACAGAUUCUCUCGUCUCUCGUUUUACCCCCGUUCUGUAUAUAUAGAUAUAUCUAUAUAUUAGGUAUUAGAACGUACAGUUUACAUUCAAUAUUUUUAAAAACCUACCCGGAAAAAAUGCGUCCCACUCUAAAGGCCAAAAUGUUCCAAUAAAUCACACUUUGUACUAUUCUAAAUGUGAGCGAAAAUUGUAUUAUAUCGUUAGUAACUUAAUAUCGUAAUGUUGUUGUUUUUUCAAAUUUCCACCUAUUCCAUUAUAUUUUAGAGAUACAUUUUGCAGCCCCACUAUUUUACAGCUUAUUGUUUACAUUUAGCCAGAUUAUUUCAUGUGUUAUUUGGUUAUGGAUCAAAAUGAGGCACAAUGAAUCUUCUUCAGCUGGGCUGUGGCCAGGAUUAUACUAAUUAUGAUGAGAAAAUAUUUUUCAUUACUUUAAAAUACCUCCAUAUAAUCAUGCAAUAACCCUAGUGUAUUAUUUAAGUACAUAGGCCAAGACAGAAAAACCUGCAAAUUCAGAGAAAAAAAAUCCCCAAACAAAACCUCAAUGACCUCAGUAUUUGCUUCUAAUGACCUGAUCCUACCGUGAUUGCAUUUUAAGAAAUCACAAAUGUUACUCCAAUGGUCACAUGGUCCUAGAUAUAUUUACAUUAGUUCUGAGGCUCCUGAUUUAGCUUCAUCCGUCACUAGUUUUCAGGGACUAAUAGGAAGGAUGUGGACGACUUAAAGUCACACGUACUUGUUUACUUUUCCUGUAUGUGAAAAGGGCCGCACCACAUCCUUUAACCAGGACCAUAAGAUUGGAGUGUCGUUGCAAUAAAAGAGUCCAGCCAACGUCUCUUCAAGGACCCUCACCUAAUACAUCAGCGGCGGCGUGGCAGGGGCCUCGCCGCCACCUCAAAGGGACCACCGUGGAGAAAAUAAACUUGGCCUCCUCUCCCUCUGGGCCAGCUGCAGAGAGAGAGCGAGAGAGGGAGAGAGACCGAGGGAGGAGGAGGAGACUGCGUGAGAGCAGGGCCGGGAUUCCCAUACUUGCUAAUUGUUUCGUUGGACGGCCGCCCAAAACCGGUGGACGGGCUGAGUGGAGGAGAGAAAUCACAUGGUGUCCCAGCGCAUCCCGGCAUGUUUCCUUUCGACCCGCAGGUCAUGUGGCUAGUGCAGUGUGAAGUGCGGAGGCCGUAAUCAACAGUUUACACGACUUCUCUCUGUGUCCGUCUGCACAUACAUAUGGAGCCAAUAAAGAGAUGCUACAGCUGUGUCGAGCUAUUCAUCCUGCAGAGCUCAUCAAGUGGUGUGCAAUAAGAACAUGUUACAUCACUGGAUAGUGUACAGCUCACUGUCACCCCAAAGGGGCUCCACUCUAACAUAACCCGCACGUGGCAUCCUUAGACUGCCCUCUUCUGGUCAAAGUAUUGUACUUUUUGGGGAACAUAUUUGGACCCAAUAAUAAAACUUCCCCAUAACAUCACCGAUGAGUGUUAAACUAAUACAUAUUAUGCUAUAUUCUUACACAGGCUUAUAGUGACCGAUGAGUCUUCUCAAAACACAGCAAUCCACGAUCCUAUUUUUAAUUUAUUUCAUUUUGAUAGCCUUCCAAAGGCUAGAACUUGCUGUGAUUCUCUAUGUUAAUGGGUUGAAUGUUCUUCUCUGGGAGUUACAUUAAGGAUCUCCUUUUUACCUCCACCUGGGUGAUGUGACUGUGAACUCCUUUCAUCAGAUUCAGGCAACAACGUCACUUUAUGAA